UAUACAAGGAAAGGACACCUGGAGUGGCCCCAAAGUGAGGACCCAGGGAAGAAGAUUGGCUCCAGGCACUGGCCUGGGCUGGAGAUCUGCCUGGCCUUGCAGUCUUGACUGGCUGCACUUGAGUGUGUGUCCCUUACAGCAUCAUGCUGCAGCAGAUUCUGCACGACAUGUACAUCGACCCUGAGCUUCUGGCUGAGCUCAGUGAUGUGCAAAAGCACAUCCUGUUCUACAAGAUGAGAGAGGAGCAGCUUCGGCGUUGGAGGGAGCGGGAGGCAUGGGACACUCUGGCCCAGGCAGAAGGCCUCAGGCCUGCGAAGGUCAAGCGAGCUGCAAGCAACAAGCAUAUCCAGUGGCUGCUGGGAGCAGAUGGCGAGGUCUGGGUGUGGGUCAUGGGUGAAGGCCCUGGUGACAAGCCCUAUGAAGAGAUCUCUGAGGAGUUGAUUGCAGAGAGAGCACGGCUGCAAGCACAAAGAGAAGCUGAGGAGCUCUGGAGACAGAAGGAAGCAGAGAUCACCAAGAAGUUCCGGGAUGCCUUGGCCAAUGAGAAAGCCCGGAUUCUGGCUGAGAGGUGGAAAGUGGAGAUGGAGGACCGAAAGGCUGCCAAAGUCUUGGAGGAACGCAUACAUGAGGAAUUCAAGAGGAAAGAGGAAGAAGAGAGGAGGCGAGGAGAAGAACAGAUUCGUCUCCAGGAGGAACAGAGAGCCAAGGAACUCUAUUGGACCCUGAAGCAGGCCCAGCUGUACUGCCAAGUCAGUGAGAAAGAGGAACGCGAGUGGGAAGAGCAGUUGCGUAGAUCCAAGGCUGCUGAUGAAGAGAGGAGCCGUCGUGCCCAGCGAGCCCGGGAUGAGUACAGGCGCCACUCACUUCGAGCCAUCCAGAAGGGCACAGUUGCUGGCCUGAGCACCAUGUUUCAAGAACUUGGCCAGAAUCAUGAGCAGGAGGCAAAACUCUGCCAUCAACUUCCAUGCAUGAGUCCACCAUCACCCCUUACAGAACCUGACAGCAGGACUUGGGAGCGUCCCCUGCGUCCACUCUCCAGAGAGGUUAUCGUGCGGUGGUUCAAAGAGGAACAGCUGCCACGUCGAGCUGGCUUUGAGAGGAACACCAAGUCCAUUGCUCCUUGGUUUCAUGGAAUUAUUAGCAGAGAGAAUGCAGAAGACCUUUUGGAGAAUAUGACAGAGGGAGCAUUUCUGGUCCGGGUCAGUGAGAAGAUCUGGGGUUAUACCCUGUCCUAUCGCCUGCAGAGAGGCUUCAAGCACUUCCUUGUGGAUGCCUCUGGGGACUUCUACAGUUUUCUGGGAGUGGACCCCAAUCGCCAUGCCACCCUCACGGAUCUCAUUGAUUUCCACAAGGAGGAAAUAAUCACUGUUUCAGGGGGAGAGUUGCUUCAGGAACCCUGUGGACAGAGGGAUAGCCCACCAGACUAUCACCUGUUGUUUGAAUGAUGUUUUUCCUCCUCUAUGGACUCCUUUGAAUAUCCUGAUUUUGAAUUGAAUUUAAGCAUAUCCCAACUCAAAGCCUCAUGGUCUUCUAGAAGAUCCACCGUCCAUCAGAUGAACAAUGGUACCAGUGAGUUUCCAGAAUGUGAACUACAAAAUGUGACUACAUUUGUUUAACUGGUCCCAUCCCAGAGCUCAAGACAUAAACCCUAAAUAACAAAUGUUCCUGGAGGCCUGACUGUCUAGCCGAACUCCUAGAGUGAAUGGAUCAUG